ACCCUCCCUCUACCACAGUCACCCAUUUUGUCCCCUCGCUCUUCACUGCUCCCAUUCCCAGAGGACUCUGCCGACAGAGAUGCUGUGGACCCCCCGGCCAGGGUCCGCUCUGAUUUCUCUUGGAUUUGGAUUUGGCUACAGUUUUAUAGAUCUUCUGCACUGUGUACAGGCACAGUUGCUGAUAUGUGUUCAAGAUGAGUGGGAUGGGAGAAAAUACCUCUGACCCAUCCAGGGCAGAGACAAGAAAGCGCAAGGAAUGUCCUGACCAGCUUGGACCCAGCCCCAAAAGGAACACUGAGAAACGUAAUCGUGAACAGGAAAAUAAAUACAUAGAAGAACUUGCAGAGCUGAUUUUUGCAAAUUUUAAUGAUAUAGACAACUUUAACUUCAAACCUGACAAAUGUGCAAUCUUAAAAGAAACUGUGAAGCAAAUUCGUCAGAUCAAAGAGCAAGAGAAAGCAGCAGCUGCCAACAUAGAUGAAGUGCAGAAGUCAGAUGUGUCAUCUACAGGGCAAGGCGUCAUCGACAAGGAUGCAUUGGGGCCUAUGAUGCUGGAGGCCCUGGAUGGGUUCUUCUUUGUAGUGAACCUGGAAGGCAACGUGGUGUUUGUUUCAGAGAAUGUGACACAGUAUCUAAGGUAUAACCAAGAAGAGCUGAUGAACAAAAGUGUAUAUAGCAUCCUGCAUGUUGGGGACCACACUGAAUUUGUCAAAAACCUGCUGCCAAAGUCUAUAGUGAAUGGGGGAUCUUGGUCUGGCGAACCUCCUAGGCGGAACAGCCAUACCUUCAACUGCCGGAUGCUGGUAAAACCUUUACCUGAUUCAGAAGAAGAAGGUCAUGAUAACCAGGAAGCACACCAGAAGUAUGAAACUAUGCAGUGCUUUGCUGUCUCUCAACCAAAGUCCAUCAAAGAAGAAGGAGAAGAUUUGCAGUCUUGCUUGAUUUGUGUGGCAAGAAGAGUCCCCAUGAAGGAAAGGCCCGUUCUUCCCUCAUCAGAAAGUUUUACUACUCGCCAGGAUCUUCAAGGCAAGAUCACUUCUCUGGACACUAGCACCAUGAGAGCAGCCAUGAAACCAGGCUGGGAAGAUCUGGUGAGAAGGUGCAUUCAGAAGUUCCAUGCACAGCAUGAAGGGGAAUCUGUGUCCUAUGCUAAGAGGCAUCAUCACGAAGUACUGAGACAAGGACUGGCGUUCAGUCAAAUCUAUCGUUUUUCCUUGUCUGAUGGCACUCUUGUUGCUGCACAAACGAAGAGCAAACUCAUCCGUUCUCAGACUACUAAUGAGCCUCAGCUUGUAAUAUCUUUACAUAUGCUUCACAGAGAACAGAAUGUAUGUGUAAUGAAUCCGGAUCUGACUGGACAAGCGAUGGGAAAGCCAUUGAAUCCAAUUAGCUCUAGCAGCCCUGCCCAUCAGGCCAUGUGCAGUGGGAACCCAGGUCAGGACAUGACCCUCAGUAGCAAUAUAAAUUUUCCCAUGAAUGGCCCAAAGGAACAAAUGGGCAUGCCCAUGGGCAGGUUUGGUGGUUCUGGGGGAAUGAACCAUGUGUCAGGAAUGCAAGCAACCACUCCUCAGGGUAGUAACUAUGCACUCAAAAUGAACAGUCCCUCUCAAAGCAGCCCUGGCAUGAAUCCAGGACAGCCCAACUCCAUGCUUUCACCAAGGCAUCGCAUGAGUCCUGGAGUGGCUGGCAGUCCUCGCAUCCCACCCAGUCAGUUCUCCCCUGCAGGAAGCUUGCAUUCCCCUGUGGGAGUUUGCAGCAGCACAGGAAAUAGCCAUAGUUAUACCAACAGUUCCCUCAAUGCACUUCAGGCCCUCAGCGAGGGGCAUGGGGUCUCAUUAGGGUCAUCGUUGGCUUCACCGGACCUAAAAAUGGGCAAUUUGCAAAACUCCCCAGUUAAUAUGAAUCCUCCCCCACUCAGCAAGAUGGGAAGCUUGGACUCCAAAGAUUGUUUUGGGCUUUAUGGGGAGCCAUCAGAAGGUACAACUGGACAAGCGGAGAGCAGCUGCCAUCCUGCAGAGCAAAAGGAGACAAAUGAUUCCAGCAUGCCCCCGACCACAAGCGGGGAGAGAGCCGAGGGACAGAAUAGGCUGCAUGACAGCAAAGGGCAGACCAAACUCCUGCAGCUGCUGACCACCAAGUCUGACCAGAUGGAGCCCUCACCCUUACCCAGCUCGUUGUCGGACACAAACAAGGACUCCACAGGGAGCUUGCCUGGAUCUGGGUCUACACAUGGGACCUCGCUCAAGGAAAAGCAUAAAAUUUUGCACAGACUCUUGCAGGACAGCAGUUCCCCUGUGGACUUGGCCAAGUUAACAGCAGAAGCCACAGGCAAAGAGCUGAGCCAGGAGUCCAGCAGCACAGCUCCUGGGUCAGAAGUGACUGUUAAACAAGAGCCAGUGAGCCCCAAGAAGAAAGAGAAUGCACUACUUCGAUAUUUGCUAGAUAAAGAUGAUACUAAAGAUAUUGGUUUACCGGAAAUAACCCCCAAACUUGAGCGACUGGAUAGUAAGACAGACCCUGCUGGUAAUACAAAACUAAUAGCUAUGAAAACUGAGAAGGAGGACAUGAGCUUUGAGCCCAGUGACCAGCCUGGCAGUGAGCUGGACAACUUGGAGGAGAUUUUGGAUGAUUUGCAGAAUAGUCAAUUACCACAGCUUUUCCCAGACACAAGGCCAGGCGCCCCUGCUGGAUCAGUUGACAAGCAAGCCAUCAUCAAUGACCUCAUGCAACUCACAGCUGAAAACAGCCCUGUUACACCUGUUGGAGCCCAGAAAACAGCAUUGCGAAUUUCACAGAGCACUUUUAAUAACCCACGACCAGGGCAACUGGGCAGGUUAUUGCCAAACCAGAAUUUACCACUUGACAUCACAUUGCAGAGCCCAACUGGUGCUGGACCUUUCCCACCAAUCAGAAACAAUAGUCCCUACUCAGUGAUACCUCAGCCAGGAAUGAUGGGUAACCAAGGGAUGAUAGGAAACCAAGGAAACUUAGGGAACAGUAGCACAGGAAUGAUCAGUAGUAAUACUUCCCGGCCCACCAUGCCAUCUGGGGAAUGGGCACCGCAGAGUGCUGCAGUAAGAGUCACCUGUGCUCCUACCACCAGUGCCAUGAACCGGCCAAUCCAAGGAGGUAUGAUUCGGAACCCAACAACCAGCAUCCCCAUGAGACCCAACAGCCAGCCUGGCCAAAGACAGAUGCUUCAGUCUCAGGUCAUGAAUAUAGGGCCAUCUGAACUAGAAAUGAACAUGGGGGGACCUCAGUACAGCCAACAACAGGCUCCUCCAAAUCAGACUGCCCCAUGGCCUGAAAGCAUCCUGCCAAUAGACCAGGCAUCUUUUGCCAACCAAAACAGGCAACCGUUUGGCAGCUCUCCCGAUGACUUGCUGUGUCCACAUCCUGCAGCUGAGUCUCCAAGUGAUGAGGGAGCUCUCCUGGACCAGCUCUAUCUGGCCUUACGGAACUUCGAUGGCCUUGAGGAGAUUGAUAGAGCUUUGGGAAUACCUGAACUGGUCAGCCAGAGCCAAGCAGUAGAUCCAGAACAGUUCUCGAGUCAGGAUUCCAACAUCAUGCUGGAACAAAAGGCCCCUGUUUUCCCACAGCAGUAUGCGUCUCAGGCACAAAUGGCACAGAGUAGCUAUACUCCCAUGCAAGAGCCAAACUUUCACACCAUGGGACAGCGGCCUAGUUAUGCUACACUCCGUAUGCAGCCCAGACCGGGCCUCAGGCCCACGGGCCUAGUACAGAACCAGCCAAAUCAACUGAGACUUCAGCUUCAGCACCGCCUCCAAGCACAGCAGAAUCGCCAGCCUCUUAUGAAUCAAAUCAGCAAUGUUUCAAAUGUGAACUUGACUCUGAGGCCUGGAGUACCACCUACACAGGCACCUAUUAAUGCACAGAUGCUGGCCCAGAGACAGAGGGAAAUCCUGAACCAGCAUCUUCGACAGAGACAAAUGCAUCAGCAGCAGCAAGUUCAGCAACGGACUUUGAUGAUGAGAGGACAAGGGUUGAAUAUGACACCAAGCAUGGUGGCUCCUAGUGGUAUGCCAGCAACCAUGAGCAAUCCCCGGAUUCCCCAGGCAAAUGCACAGCAGUUUCCAUUUCCUCCAAACUACGGAAUAAGUCAGCAACCUGAUCCAGGCUUUACUGGGGCUACAACUCCCCAGAGUCCUCUAAUGUCUCCCCGAAUGGCACAUACCCAGAGCCCUAUGAUGCAGCAGUCUCAGGCCAACCCAGCCUAUCAGGCCCCGGCAGACAUGAACGGAUGGGCGCAGGGGAACAUGGGCGGGAACAGCAUGUUUUCACAACAGUCCCCACCACACUUCGGACAGCAAGCAAACACCAGCAUGUACAAUAACAAUAUGAACAUCAACGUAUCCAUGGCAACCAACACGGGUGGCAUAAACAACAUGAACCAGAUGACAGGACAGAUCAGCAUGACCUCAGUGACCUCCGUGCCUACGUCGGGGCUGUCCUCCAUGGGUCCCGAGCAGAAGUACUGCUGACCUUGAAGGUAGCUGGUUGCUUCUUUCUUCAGCUGACCGGGCUCAUUUGCUCAAAAUACUUACCAGUCUGGAGAGCUGUGUCUCUUUGUUUUGACCCAACUGACCUGCCCGCCAGUUCUCCCAGAGCACGAUGAGCUGACGGCCUGGGCCCAGGCUCCCAGCGACACUCGGCUGCUGCAGGAGGAGCUGCCUCCUCUCGUCUCAGUCCGAAGCGCGAGUCCAGACAGUCACUCAGUCUGUUCACUGCAUUCACCUUAGUGCAACUUAGAUCUCUCCUGCAAAGUAAAUGUUGACAGGCAAAUUUCAUAACCGUUUCCAAUGAAUGUAUUUAAAUGUAUGUAUUUAAGGAGAACCAUGCUCUUGUUCUGUUCCUGUUCAGUUCCAGACACUGGUUUCUUGCUUUGUUUUCCCUGGCUAAUCAGUCUAGUACAAAAAAAUUAAGAUUUCAUCUGGGGGAAAGAAAAGAAUUCUAAAAACAAAUCAAACUGUUUUUAACCUAAAGCCUGCGUUUGGGACGGAAGCAGACCCCGUGGACAGUGCUAUAUGUGCAGACACACCCAAUAAAUGAAGACCUAUAAAGUCAUAGUUGUAUCUUUGCAGAAAGCGCUAAAGACCAUGUUGGAAAGGGAUUCCAGUUAUUGAACAGAUGAAAAGAAGCCUGUGAGAAGGCUGUUAAUAUUAACAAGUAUCUCUUCCAUUUUUUUCUCUCGAGAAGAAAUAUUUUUCAUUUCUCAAUUAAGUUUCCGUUAGAUUGAUCAUCUUGAAUUAGCAUCUCCCCUUCCCCUUCUGGUUCUGACUCUUGUCUCCCCCUGUUCCCCCUACUUUCAUUCAUUUUUUAAAAAAUAAUAUAAGCUACAGAAACCAGGUAAGCCCUUUAUUUCCUGAAAUGUUUUGCCAGCCACUUACCAAUUGCUAACUAUUGAAUUUCAGAAAAAUGCAUUUACUGGCAAGGAGAGGAGCAAAGUUAAGACUUGACAUCAGUCAAGCUAAGGACACCUGCUUUGGAAGCAUGUUUAUUCUGUUCCCCAGCAACUCUGGCCUCCAAAACAGGAGAAAACACUAUAACUAGUGUAUUGAAAUUGACAGCAGAUAUCACGACAGAUUUAACCUCUGCCAUGUGUUUUUUAUUUUGUUUUUUAGCAGUGCUGACUAAGCCGAAGUUUUGUAAGGUACAUAAAAUCCAAUUUAUAUGUAAACGAGCAAUAAUUUAAGUUGAGAACUUAAGUGUUUUAAUUGUAUAAUUUUUGUGAGGUAUACAUAUUGUGGAAUUGACUCAAAAAAUGAGGUACUUCAGUAUUAAAUUAGUUAUCUUCGUAGCAAUGUCUCCUAAAGGUGUUUUGUAAAGGAUAUCAAUGCCUUGAUUAGACCUAAUUUGUAGACUUAAGACUUUUUAUUUUCUAAACCUUGUGAUUCUGCUCAUAAAUCAUUUAUCUAAUCUGUAUGAUAUGCAGCCGCUGUAGGAACCAAUUCUUGAUUUUUAUAUGUUUAUAUUCUUUCUUAAUGAACCUUAGAAAGACUACAUGUUACUAAGCAGGCCACUUUUAUGGUUGUUUUUCUGCCCACUCUGGUAGGGGAAUAAUAUUUUAUUAAUUGGUGUCAGUUUCAGAUAACUGCAAUACCAAGAAACUGAUGACCUUUUUGAGCUAUUUCUCCCCAACCCCUAAUACACAUACUUUCUUAACUAAAUUUCAGAAUGAUAUCUUUUUGAUGUCUAAAAAGCAAAGCAUUUUAUAAUAUCUCAUUAGCCAGGCUUUUUAGGAACAGAGAAGUUUUUCCUUGAAAUUUGAUUAAUUGUUUAUUUGUGGCAGGGUGUAAAAUGUACAAACUACCCCUAUUUAUAUUUAUAUCUCUCUCUAUAUGCACGGAUUACAGAAAUAUAGAAAGAGAUAUAACCCAAAGAUAAAUGGUAAGUAGACAGUCUAAAAGUGUUGCUCCAUACUAAAGAAACUUCUGGAAAUUUGCAUUUCAAUACCUUUUUCCACUUUGAGAGGGAUCUCAAUACAGGGAGGUGGCCAAGGAACAGCAUUUCUCGGUGGCCACCAGUUCAUAUGUCCCCUCAAAAGGCUCUACUUUUCUCCACCAAACCAUUGGGUUGCCCAGCUGUGAUGGUAAAAGCAAGCAGAUGUGGGCCCGGAACUCCAGGACCUCAUCCAUGUGAUGAGGCUCACAUGGUGCACAGUUUAGUGUGAUCAGUUUUGAGUUAAUUUUUAGAACUAUGAGAGUUAGAAUCUGACUUUAGCUUCACACAGCACAAAAGAGAAAAUGGAGUUUAACCCGGAUUUAUUUUAAGUCCUUUUUCACUUUACCAUCCAAAAAUACCUUCCAUAUCUUUCAUUUUUUAUCCAUCUGCCCACUGUGUUUUAACAUCAAUCCAAGUUGGACAAAUCUGCAGAUCUGUGGUACUGGUAGUUCAGAAUAACUCAUGAUCAUUACUGUCAUGAAGGAAAAGAGAUUAUAAAUUCUCUUAAGGUUCAGAUCAGGUAAUGGAUUUUGUUUUACAUCUAAUUAGGAGAAGAAAUAAGUGAAGGAAUCCUCUGAUCAUAUUGAUCACUAUAGAAGCAAAAGCCAAAUCAAUUCCCUUCAUUAUCAGUAUUUCUCAUGCUGUACACAAUAAAUUUGUUAGAUUGAGUACUUGGUUUUUGUUUAAGAGAACAAAUAAUCAGUGUUUUACUUAUUACUAAAUGUGAAAAACAUAAUGUGAAAAGUAUACAUACAUUAACUUGGUUGUAAAACCCAUUUAAGUGUUCAUGUAAUGUGGUAAGUUUAAAAAGUGAAGUGAGUUGUUUUACUACAAUGAAUUCAUUUGACUCAAAGAUUAAAAUGCCCCUCCCACCACGUGUAUCUCUUAUGGCCUGUAAUAAUUGAAAGCAAUGUUUUUGCAGUUUAUAUAAUGCAAUUUUUAAUCUGUGUUUAAAAAUGGAGUUCAUAUGGGCUUAACACAUGAACUGGGUGGCACAGAUCCACUUGCAGAACCCAAAGAUACACAAUCAAUUUUGAAAUGCAACUUAAGCCAUUAAUUGUUGGUGUGAAUUUAAAAUUUUCUAGUGUUUGUAUGGUAGUAUGCUGCCUAAGAGCAAAGCAUUCUCUGCACAAAAGAAAAUUACUGUAGUGGCUUCGAUUUUAAUUAGAAUUUUUCUCCCUGGUGUUUCUUUAUAGACUAAAACAAAAUCUUUUAAGUUUCUUACUACAGGUAAAAGCUAUGUGCAAGAACCUCAAAAUGCUAAAAUCUAGCAUAAUGCCUUAGAUCUGUUUUUAAGUCUUGUAUAUUCCUACAUAGCUGUCCAAUGUAUUAUAUUUGUAUAGUGAAUUGUGUACAAUUUUUGAAUAAGUGCAUCAUCACUUAAUCUUUAUGUUAUUGAAUAGUGAUGAUGAUACAUUUCUUCAAACAUUUAACUGUCAUUUUUUUUCCUUUGUCAUUGUGGGUUUUAUUUGUACAGUUCCUCAUAAAGUUGCAUCUGAGAUGUGUGUAUAUGAAAAGAUUAUACAAGGGUAAAAUUAAGCAAUAUAUUAACUAUGGUUCUUCAGGAGAAAGCUUACAGUGUUUCAGGUUGUGGUUUAUUUUCAAAACGGAGUUGACUCUGAACAUCACUUUGUUCACCUGCAUUGAUGUUUGUAUUUCUAGUGUGAGCAGUUUAUGCAAAGGUAGAUAUAUUCAGAGAAAUUUUAAAUACAUUUAUGCAAGUUAAUAUUGCUUUGCUGAUGCUAUUUGCUUAUUUGAUGUUAAAUAAUGCUAUUGUAAAUAAAGAAUUCUGUUGUUAUUGCAUCAUUUAAUAAAUUUUAAUGCCUUCGGGUUUUACAUGGCUUUAGAGA